AGCUAGGUUAUUAAAUUCAUAAGUACAAAACUUUUUUGGCUUUUUGAGUAUUUUUAUUUAUAAUCACCUAUCACUUAUAACACCAAUAUGAUUCAAUGAAUUCAGUACCAUGUAUCUAAUUGACGUUUUACUAUAAAAUUAUAUUGCAUUCAAAUCUAUUACAACUUCUAAGAAUAAUAUGUAUUAUAAAUAUUAAAAAUACGAUUUUGAAAAUAUCAAGUAAAGAAUUCAUUAUUUUAUCUAUGUCAUGGACUGCUAAACAUAAUUAUCAUUUAACUAAAAAAAACACCUAUACAAUAAUGUGACCACGUUCCACAUUAUUUCAAACAAAUUUCUUCAAAUAAUUAUGUAAUAAAUAAUAACAUAAUGAAUAAUGAUUAACAGUUAUAUUUCCGUAUAUGGAAAUCAAUAAGAAUAGUCAAAAGUCUAAUUAAAUUGCGAUUAUGUUUUUUCGAUAUAGUCAUUUGUAAUUUUUUCAUAAAACCAUGAGUAGUGUUGUUAAACACAGGAAUGUCGUUUCGAAAUUUGGCGGGUAAAAUCUGCGUACCGGGAACCGGUAGAUGGCGGGCCGCAUGCGCACCAAUGGCGAACGGCGUGAUACAAAAUGGUUUGGACGGCGUACGUUAGGCCGUAGAUGACGCGCGCAAAACUAGUAACCACCGAAACGUACGGGACCACUUAUCUAUGCACACGGCCGACUGACGCGCGCGCUAUCUUGAACGGUUAAUGGCUUUGACAAUCUGUGCACGGAAAACAGUAACCGAUCGAACGGACGAUUUUCGGGCGAACGACACGGUCGUACUAGUGUAGUUAGUACUGGUGCCGAGACGGUGUUUCGCGGGGCGCUACGUGUCGCCCGGACGGCGAAGUACCGCUAAGUGACGGAAACGGGUCGGUGCGCAGACGCGUAUAUUCAUGAGAAAAGACAACAACAACACAACGGACGCUGUUAUCGUCGAGCACGCACCACAACAACUCGAGAAUGUGUUAUGAUAUUACUGUAAACGCGUAUACACUAUAAUAUACGCGUAAUGUCAUCAUCAUAUAAUUGUAGCCAUAGGUACUAUAUUAUGAUGGUAUGUUGACAUGUUGUACGACUGUAAUAUUAUAACACGAUCGUAACGCUCGCCGAUUACGUAUAAUUAUCAUAUCGUACCUAUGACACGAGUGUGCAUACUUUGGGCGCUAUACACUUGUGGCGAACAACACUUGGCUUGGUAGUCGGUAAUAAUAAUAUUGUUAUUGUCGCGCGGGAAGGGCCGCCAGUCACCGCGAUCGACUGCAGUCCGCCAGCCGCGUACGGGAACGGACAAAAUGGCGACGACAUUGAUCGGCGGCCGCCCGGCAGGGGCCGAUCGAUAAUAACGCGCGCUGCCAGCGACAACAACAAUAACGACGAGCGCCGUGUGCGUGUAUCCAACACACGGUGUCGGGUUUUUAACGGUGCGCGCGUUACGUACACGUAUCGCAAUCCCGGGGUUUGCCGUCGUGGGCCGAUAAAGGUAGACGCCGCCGUGCGCUGUCGUCUGACCGUGUGAUGCGUUCGAGUGCAGCCGCCGUUGUCUGAGUAAUUGCCGCGAAUAUAAUAGUGGCGAGUAGUCGUCGGAAACCGCGUGAGAAAAAAUAAAAUCACCGGGCCGUCGCUGCUGUUGCCGCGGACGCCGAGGUUACUGUGUUUCGUGCGCCGAUGGCUUCCACCGCGGGUACUGAUGCCGCCGACGCUGUGGUCGCCGACGCCGCCGCCGACGCCGUUCUCCCGUCACGCAGGUGCGUACGCAGCCGUACUCAUGUUAUUAUUAUUAUUAUUACACUACUACGCCACUACGGCGGUUGUCUACUACUACUACCACACUACUACUACUACUACUACUACUACUACUACUACUACAGCAGCAACAACUAUACUACUACUAAUACUACUACACUAUUACUAUUAUUCGUGUGUCGUCUGCUGUCCGCGGUUUCUCCGUGUGUGUCCGCGACCGGCGUACUUUGAUAGAACGCCACCGACACCACGCGCCGGCCGAGCCCCCCGGGCCUGCUCAGACCAAUUUACCGACGACGCCCGCGCGCGCAUUUUAAUCUAAUCGACGCGGCACCACAUACUCGCGUGGCACUGCCGCCGCCGUAAUGGUAGCUGCGCCUUAGGAGUUGCGCCUGUCGUAGUUUUUUUUUUUUUUUUUUUCCCUGUCUGAACGACGACACACGUUUCUCGCGCCGGUCUUUGCGCCGUACCGGCGUACAUUCAUUAUUCCUCGGUAGUAGCACCGAAGAGCGCAGUUGCACCAGUUGCAUUGUAUAGGUGUUUGCGGGUAGUGGCCGUUGGGCGAGUAAUGCGACGGCACGUCAGCGAUUCGUUUCGACACGGACGAUUACGUGAUUUACCGCGGCAGCCGUAACUGUGUCGCAAUGUCUUGAUUAUAAUUAAUAUUAUUGUCGUCGAGAGCUUCUCAACGGGACCCGACCCUUGUGCGUGUUUCGACACAACGAGAUUACCGUAGCGGUGCGGUCCGGGUCCCGUUCAAUACUAAUCAUUUACGUUUCGAGAUUUUUACUAGUUUUUUUUUUUUUUCGUGCUUUUUACGUUAUCGUAUUAAUUGUUCCCGUCCGGUAAAAUGUUAUCGAAUUAGUGUCUGUGACAAACAGAAGUUUUAUAAUAUAGUAUUAAUUAUGCCGUCGAGUAUUUUAAUGACGUAUCUUCUAUGUCUAUGUCCCGUUUUUCCUUUGUCCUGCCGCUAUCACUUGCAGCGGUCCGCGUUAUCUCGGCAAUUCUCACACACAACGUUAAUAUUCGCACACAACGCACGCUCGUUUACAUUCCCCACGAGUAAAAAAUAUGUACACAAUUGCGUUCGAAACACGUACGUGUACGAUCGACGAAUAUAUCUGUAUUUCGAGAAUAAAUAUUAUAUUUUAUCGUUUGUAAAUUCGCUUUAUUUGAUUAAUGAUUAUGAAACCUUUAAAUUGUCUAUACAUGUAUUUUUUUUCAAAAUUAUUCUCUCAAUAUUAUAAAAACUUCGGGUCGUUUUGUUGAUUGAAAAGUAAAAAUAAAUUGCCUCAUCAAUUACUUAUUAGUAUUAUCUUUAUUUACUGCUAUUGAAAUAUUAGACAAGUAUCAUCAAUAUUUCAAUAAUAAAUGCAUCUCUAUAAAAUAUUUUCUUCUAUACCUAUUUUAAUUUUUACUUUUGUAAAUGUUUUAUGAUGAAAUGUUAGAAUAUAUUAAUCAUUUAAAAGUAUUUUUUUUACAUUUAUGAAUUUCAAUUGUUUUCCGAAUAUAGUAUUGAGUGAUAGCAAAAUAGUAGUAGUAGUAGUAGUAGUAGUAGUAGUUGUUGUUCCCUUUUUGUUUAAACCUACUUAUUUAUUUUAUAAUUUGAUGAAUAAUUGGUCAAUCAUUCUAUCUAAUUGGUUUAGUUUGAAUUAAUGGUAAUUUACUACUAUCAUGCAUUUACUUUUUAUUCGGUUUUUAUUGUUGCAUAGAUCAGCUGGUUACAUUAGUUAUUAUCUAUUCUUGAUAAUUUUAUUAAAUAUGUAGGUAUCUCAUGCAUGGUUUAUUGAAAUAAUGAAAAGUUUCAAUUGUUUUUUUUUUUUUUGAGGUGUAUCUGUUUUAUUAUUAUUUAUUUUAUGUCGAGUUAAAUUUAUUAUCAUUUAUAAUAAUAUUGUAGUACUGUUAUUUGAAGUUAAUACUGCUAGAUUAUUGUAGAUAAGAAUAAUACAGAUAAAAUACAAUCUGUUAAACAAUUGAUGUUAUCAGAUAUUGAGUAAUAUAAUAAUAUUCAGAUAUUUAAAAAAUAUAUUUUUAAAGAGUUAUAGAUUUAUUUAACAUUUCGUUUUGUAGUUUCAUACUUAUGUAAUAUAAUUAUUUCUAAAAAAAUCAUGAUUAUUUACUACUUAGGUAUUAUCAUAAUUAUUUCAUAAAAUUAAUCACACAUUAGUAAUGUAUAUUGUGUUAUUCAUUUUUCAUUAUAUUUAUUGUUUUGUGGUUCAAGUUUAACGUACUAUGUUCUGAACGUUUUUGUAUAUUGCUAUCUAUAUACACAAUUUCGAUAUUAAGAUAUUCUAAAAGAUGUUAAUAAUACCUACCUAUUAAAAGGAUGAUUUUUAAUAAUUGUUAUAAAAUUAAUUAAAGAUGAAAUUCGUAAAAAUUCAAUCAUUUUGUGUUAAAUCACUAAAAAAAAAAAAAAAAAUAUCUUCGUUUAAAAAAUAUUCAAUAUUUAAAGUUUGAGAAAAUGUUAUGAUUCCUUUUGAGAGUUGGUUAAAUUAGCUGUGCUGUGCCAAUACGUUUAACAUACUUGGUAAAUAUUUGUUAAGUUUACGAUUAAUUCUUUAAUUUGAAUAGUGUUGAUUACUGUUACAAUUAUGAUAUGCAUGUUAUAAAGUGAUACAUUAAAUUGUUUAUGAUAAAAUAUUACUUGGUUAACAUUAUAUUAUAUACCUCCCUAUAUUUGUUUUUGUGUUUUAGACUAUUCAUUGAAGAUAUUAUUUGGAAAUCAAAUUCCAUUGAAAAUUAGAAUUGUGAAAACUAAAUUUUUUACUGAAUUAUACUAAUAUUGUAAGAUAUUCAAAUAUUUAAUUUUUAAUUUAAAUUUACUUAUUAUAUGAUACAUUAUUAAUAAAUAGGUAUUUAGUUUGUAAAUCAAAGCAUUACAAUGAUGGAUCGUAGUGGAAAUGACAUUCACAUGACUGGAGACAGCGAUCUAGAUGAUGAUGGUUUAUCAUCUGAAGAUUGUGAUGGAGACUCCAAUCAAAGUCAAAAUGAUUUGAUGUCUGCAGCUAUGGGAGAUGAUGUGACAGCACAACUAGCUGCAGCAGGUUAGCUAAAUGUUCUAUAUUUUUUUUGUAAUGGCGCACAUUUUUUUUUUUUCACAGCUUUGUUUAAUAUUACAAUAUUUUAUAUGAAAUUAUGAAAAUAAUAAAUAUAAACUUUUAUUAUUUUUAUUAUUUUAUAUACUGUUUAAACACUUAUUUAAAGUUUUAAGUAUAAAAGUGGUUCACUUAUAUUUUUAUUAUGCAUGUUUUUUGUCUUUAUUUUUUUUUGCACUAUUUUUUUUUUUUUUUGCGUGUGUGUGUUUGUGUUUGGCUGGUAGAAAAACGCAAUAGCGGAUCGUCGAACAAUAGGGGUCUUUGUUAUGGUUUGUGUCGAUCAGGACCGGUUGGUAUGGCUGCUGCUGCUGCAAUUGUGUCAUCGAAAAAACGAAAGAGACCACAUUCAUUUGAGACAAAUCCAUCCAUUCGUAAAAGACAGCAUAAUCGGUUACUACGCAAACUUAAAGUGAGGUUUUAAUUUUAAAACUAAAUAUAGUUAUAUUAAUGUUAUUUGAAUAUUGCAUUUAAGAUUACCAUAGAUGAAUUUGCUACAAGAGUUGGUCAACAAGCAAUAGUCUUAGUAGCAACACCUGGUAAGGAAACAACCGGUUUCAAAUGUUUUGGUGCAAAACCUUUAGAAGACGUUGUAAGUAAUCACUUAAAUUACAUAUUUAUUCAAUUUAAAUCUAAAACUGAAUAAUUUAUGUUUGAAGGUAAAAAAUUUGCGUGUUACAAUUAUGGACCAACUUGACACUGCAUUAGCACAACAUGCACCUCCACCUAUUCCAGAUGAUCCUACUCUUUACGAGCUACCACCUCUAAUUUUAGAUGGAAUUCCAACUCCUGUUGAAAAAAUGACCCAAGCUCAAUUAAGAGCUUUUAUACCUCUAAUGUUAAAAUAUUCCACAGGUAAGAUAUAAUUUAAUCAAAGUAUACAUUAUAAAUACAAUACAGUAUUUUUACUAUUUUUAGUAGUAUUAGGUUUUCAAAUUAUUCAUACCUACAUUUGAAUAAAUUAUGCUCACCCAUUUUUUAUGAUUAAACUAGAAAAAUUCAAAUUACGAUAUUUGGAUUUUUUUAGUGUAGUAAUAAAUUAUAUUUUCGCAUACCUACUUAGAUUUUUCACAAUAUUUAAGGAGUGUCCUGUGGCAAUUCUGACUUUGGUUUUUCAAAUGAGAAUCUACAUGUUUUAAUGCAAACUGUCAAUCGGAUGAUUUUUCUUGUAAUGUUUACAUAUUGUAAUUAAAAUUUGAAUGAAAAGUUUCUCAGUUAUUUUAUUUUAAAUAUUCUUAACAAUUUUUUGAAAAUCAGAAUUUGAAUUUGUGCAUAAUUUAAUCAUAAAAGUGGGUUGAAUAUGCUUAAAAGAUCAUACUUAGUAAACAAUUUCAUAAUGUAAAUAUUAAAUAGAUAUCUAUAAAUAUUAUGCUUGCAGUUACAUAAGUUUUGACUCUAUACCAACUCAAAGUACUGCUUGCUUGUUGUGGUUUAAAAUAAUUAACAACUAUAUACUUUCAUUUAAAAAUAAUUUAUGACAAUUACCAUUAAUCAAAUAUUAACAUAAUUUGAACUUAUACAAAUGAAAUUUAUAUUAUAAUAGUUUUAUUUUGAUUUAUCAGGUAGAGGGAAACCUGGUUGGGGUAGAGAAACGACUAGGCCACCUUGGUGGCCCAAAGAAUUACCAUGGGCAAAUGUUAGGAUGGAUGCUCGGUGUGAAGAUGAGAAACAAAAAGUAAGUAUUUUUAAGAAUUAAUUUUAAAGCGUUUUAUUUAUUAUUAAUUUAAUUAUCAGAUUUCUUGGACUCGAGCUUUACGGCAAAUAGUCAUAAACUGUUAUAAAUACCACGGUCGAGAAGAUUUGCUGCCUACAUUUAAUGAAGAAGAAGAAACUAAACCAAUUAUUAAUAAUGUUGCAAGUCAAUCAAUCGUUACUUCUGUGCUUAAAUUUAAUCCCAAAGCAACUAGUAUAGAAGCUAGACAUUCACCAGAUCCACAUGAACAACAACAACUCACCCAGGUAUAAUUUGAAAUAUUUAAAACAAAAUUUAAAACCAUUACAACGGAAAUGUUUGAUAGGUGCAGUAUUCACCAGCGUUCCUACAUUCUAUUAGUAAUGUUGAUGGAUCAAUGUCUAUAUUUCAUGUUGAUCCAAAUAACCCAAUUAUAACAUUGCCAGAUGGAACGCAGGCACAUGUGCAAGGAGUUGUAAGUAUUGUUUUGAUAAAUUAUAUAUUUUUAUGUACUGUUUAAUAAUUAAUAUUUAUCUUCAAUUUUUUUGUUAUGCAGAUAAAUGCUGCUCAAGGAGCAAAUGGUCAUACAGUUCAUUCUGUUCACACCAUUGGUGAAGGCCAAAAUCAAGAUGGUGUAACUGUAGAUAUAUUAAAUAAUGUACCUGAGGCCACGUUAAAUCAAGAAGGCCAAAUAAUUAUCACUGGUGAAGAUGGACAAGGUAAAUAUAACUAAAAUAAUUUUUUUGUUUAUAAUCUAUAUAAAUAGAAACUAUUUAAAUCUAUAAAAAUAAAACAUGCUCACCCUAGUUUUAUUUUGAUAAAUAAUGUAAGAGAUACAUUCUAUGUAUAUAGGCUGAUCAAUCUUUGAUAAGACAUUUAUUAUUUCAGAGUAUCAAUUUUUUUUUUAGAGAAUAGUUAUCGUUUACUGAAUUACACCAUAAAUAAAAUGAUUUAACAAAAACUAUUCCAAGUAUUCCUUUUUUUUCUGGUUUACUCCCAUUAUUAAGAAAAGUAAAAUGUAAAUAAAGAAAAAAAAAACUAGUUUAAUUCACCAAUUAUAUUCACCAAUUAAUAUUCAAUUAUAUAGUUCGCCGACCGACUGAACCAUUGUAUCCGCUCUAUGUAGUCAAAUUUCAUCACCGACAACGGUGUGUAUACACAGAACCGACCAAUUCCAUGCUUUCUCAUGGGUCACAAUUUAGAUACCAUUUUUUACCAAAUCCCACCUAAAAUAUUCUUGAUUGGAAGAAAACUUUUAUUUUUUACUAUUAAAUAUAAUUUAUAUAAACUUGGGUGUUAAAUAUUCAUACCAACAAAUUAUAUUCACAUAAAUUGAAAAAUAUGGUGGGACAACAGGUGAGAUUAAGAGUUUGAACAAUCUAGGAUCUUUUAAACAAAAGAACAAUGGCUUUCAUUAUGAUGUGAAACAUAGAAUUAAAAAUGGUCAGAUGAAGCAAAAAGAAGUAUCCGGUGUUAAAAUAGAACACAAAAUGAGUAUAUUAGAGAUGAGAAUGAUUAUGUGGAUGAAUGAAGUGACGAGAGAAGAUAGUAUAAGGGAUUAGAGGUAUAUUUUAGAGAGGGAGGCAAUAGGGAUGAUCACCUCUCCUGGAUAUGUAUUUAUCUAACUAUUUAGUAUUUUAGACUUGAUUUUAUACAGGUGUAAUAUAAUGAUAAAAAGAAGUUUAAAAUUGCAUCUUCAUAUUUUUUAAUGAAAAAACUAAAAAAAAAUUGUUUAUGGUUUUAUAAAAAAAAUGUUUACCAGUUACCAGAAGACCAUGGUUGAAAAAUAUUUUGUUUAUAUACAUUAUACAAACUUAAUGAUAAGCCCAUAAUAUCGACCACAUAAUAACAUAAUAUUAUAUUACGAUCUUCUUUAGUUCUUUAAUUCUUAAAUUAUUAGUAAAUAGCAUUAUAUUUGCAUGAACUUUAUAAAUAUAAAAUGUGUUAACACUAUUAUAGUAGUCUUUCAGUAUGACAUAUUAUUAAAUACAUUACUUUAUAUUAUGCACAAAUAUAAUUGUUUAAAAGUCAAGAAUAUAAAUUUAUUAUAAUUUUAAGAUCACUUCUAUACUUCAGAAGUAAAUUUUUAAUUUAAUAAAACUGAUAACAGUAAAUACGCCAAAAAAGAUGCCAAUAUCCCCCAAAUCACCUUUUUAUGCAUGGGCUUGCCAAAAAAAAAAAUCAUUAAUUAUGAUUAUCUUUCAGCAAGUGAUAGAUAAAUAAAACUAAUUAGCUGAUUCAUACCCCCCCCCCCCCAAAAAAAAAGGGAUGAUUUAACACGUCUUUGUAUGGAAUUAGUACAUUAGAGGUACGCUAUGCUUAGACAUAGCUUCAAUAGAAGACAAAAUUAGAGAAAAUAUAUUGAGAUUGUUUGGGCAUAUGAGAAAAAUUUAAAAAGGUGGUUCAAUGCGAUUGAGGAUGUUAUGAGGAUAGUCAUUCAUGAGAGGUGGGAAAUCGGGUCAAAUAGAUGUUUAGAAUGAGGGUGGUCAACCCUAAAUAGUUAAAUUGAAGGCAAAGGAAAGGGAGGAGAAACUAUGCAAAAAGAUGAAUAUAAAUUUGAGAAUAAUUUUUAUUUUGUAUUAAUUAUCUCCUUUACAUUUAUUAUGUAUUGAUAUUUUCAGUAUCGAGUAUGAUUACAGUACCUGUAAAUACAUCAUUGUACCAAACUGUAGUUCAACAAAUUAGUGAUGGUAGCAUACAGGUACAGUUUCAUAAAUUAGGUAAAAAUACAUCAAUUUAAAACAAUAAUUAUUUUAAGGUUGUUACGCCAGUGAUGCAUAUGCCGAAGUCAGAGCCCGGUGGUGGAAUGGAUUCAUCAAACGGUGAGGUGGAAACCAUUAGUGUGCCACAUCAGUUGGUAGCCAUCACCGGGCAAAAUGGCGAACAAGUGUUGCAGUUGAUCUCAUUAAAAGAUAGCAAAAUGAUUAAUGCCUCAGUUGGCGAAAUCAAAGAAGAGAACUCUAACAAUAUGACUAAUUCAGAUCAAUGAGAACAACUUCAACAUUACCUGUGCUUUGAUGACCUAAGCAAAUAAAUUAUAAAUAAUGUUGGGUAAUGAUAUCGGUAUUUUUAAAUAUAUAUAUUUACUACUAAAUAUAAUUACAAUGUCAUAAACACAUACAUGAAGUUUUAUAAUAGUGUAUUAUUAUAUACACUUAGUAUGUGUAUUACAUACAUAUAAUACAAAUGUGCAUGUGUAUGAUGUUUAAUGAUAUACGUAUAAACAUAUGUUUUACUUAAAAAAACUAAUGUACAAAUAUAUAUUUUUGUCAUUUCUUUUUGACCCUAAUAGAAAUUUCUUUAUAAAAAUGAAGAAGUUUUUUAAGUAUUGUUAUAACAAUUGAUUUUUGUUCUCAGUUUUAAUUUCUACAUUUCUUUAAUACAACAUUUUUGGGAUUUUUCUAUUUGUAGGAAAAAAAAAGUUGAAUAAUACAAAAUAAUAGCUUAGACCUUUAAUAAUUAUAAACUUAAUAUAUUACUUUUGACCAUUUUAAAAAUUCAAUCAUUUAAAAUUAAAGUCAUAAUCUUUGUGUGACCGAUGACUCUAAACCUAGUCAAUAUAUUAGUAUUGUAAACAAUAUUACAAAAUGUUUUAAGUUUUUGUUUUAUUUGUUUAAUAUAAAUAUUUUUUGUCCUAGAUUUUAGAUGUUUUUAUUUUUAUGUGGGUUGUAUUUUCUUAUAAACUCUUUUAUUAUGUUAUUUGUCAUCUUCACAGAUAUAAUGUUAGCAAAAGUGCAAUUCUUUUUUUUUUUUUUUUAAUAAUAAUUGUUAAUAUUGUUGAUAUGAAUGAUUUUACUUGAUGUAAUAUGUGUAUGUAAUAUUUUCAUAUAUGUUUAUGAACUCGUAAAUAUUAAUGUAUGAUUUUCAAUAAGUUUAGCUUGUUUACACUUUUUUUGUUUUUAAUUGUGUACAUUUUGUAAUUAAUUCAAUGUGAAUGUUUUGGACAAAUCUUUUGAUCACUUAUUUAUUUUAGGUUAUUAGAUCAUGUUAUAAAAUAUUAUGUAUUUAAAAAAAUUUAUUUAGUUAUAAUGUUCUUACCAUUUAGACUCUGAAUUUACAACACCACCAUUUAAAACAGGAUUCAAUAUUUUGCGCUUUUCUGAAUCAUUUAAUGUAUUGAAUAGACGUUAAAUUGAUAUAAAUAAUUCAUCAUAGGCAUCUAUAACAUAUUUCAUGGUUAUUGAAACUUGUAUACUUGGUCUUGAAUAGUAGAACAAUCUGUGAUAUUAUUGCCAUUUUCAAUUGUUUAUUUUUUUAUUCAAGUAAUUUAAAUUCUUCUGACAAAUUAAGAUAAAUACUUAAAUAUUUUUUUAAAAUUGUAAUUAUUAUCUGUCAGCUAUAAUAUAUAGUAUAAUCAAGUAAAUAGACAAAAUAGAAAAAUUAAAAACUAGAGACAUUUUCCACUUUUGGUUCAAGAGUAUAAUACAGUAUGAGUGCCUAAAAAAGAUGUUUAUUUCACAUAAAAGUUAAGAAAGCCUGUGAGCAUGCCAAAUUCCUAGUGUCUCAAUAUAUUUAAAAUAAUAAACUUUAAUUGCUUACAUAAUUUUGAAAGAAUUUGAAAAUUUAUAUUUCUUAAAUGCCUAAUUAAUUUAAACAUCUUAAUUUGUAAAUUAAGUAGGUAUUUAUAUUUGGAAUUGGCCAUCUGCUAACCUCAUAUCAUUCUUAAUCCAAUCACAAAUUUUUUGGUCUGGUUCAUUGAGUGUGUUCAAUCAAGCUCUUCCAUUGCUGAUUACCAUCUUUUGUAUUUUUCUUUAUCUAGUAGAUUCAUAAGUCUGCCGCAAAAAAUCAUUCAGAUUGUUCAUUGCGAAUUUGUAGUUUCCCCUAUAUAUUUUGCAUAUUUGAUCUAAUUUACCAUUCAAUUUGAUUCACGUUAUCAAAAUGUUCAAGUUUACAAAUUGUAAAAUUGAAUUGAACAAAUGUAAUAAAUUAAAUAUCUCUCUGAUGAUUUUAUAGUGGGGUUCUGAAAUAAUAUCAAUAAAUGAAGAUUAUACGGGCCUAGAAUUUGCUCAUAUAAAAUUUCAUAAUGUAAAAUAUUUAUAUAAAAAGGAAUAAUACAUUUGUAUUAUAUCUGCAAUAAACUGUUAAUACUUGUAAAAAAUCAACAGGGCCUAUUGUAACGUUGCUACAACUUAUGAACAAAGUGGAUUAUUUACUUUAAAAUUUUGAGAUGACGAAACACUGUUGGAACGAACGUCAACAUAUUUAUUUAGGAUGUUUAUGUAUAAAAGUAUAUAAUGGUAGUUUAGAAGGUCAUAUGACCCCUCCCUCCAAAACCUCUUCUUUUGGAUUUAUUACUAAAUCGUCAAAUGCAAAAACAAUAUUUUACAAGAACAUCUAUGACAUCAAAAAAAAGAAUGUUUAAAGGAUCUACAAAAACAGAUGUAUUUAGAAGUCAGCACGCAGUGAUAUCAAUUUUACUGCUCUCAGGGCACAAUUCAAACAGUCUCGGAAAUAUUUGAAUACACCUAUUAUAUUGUCAUAAAUUUUUGUAUACAAUAUAAAAUAAGCAUUUUAGUAAAACCAAUAUAUUCCUCGUUCACUCUAAAUUUAAAAUGCAAACACUCUGUGCAGUAAAUUUUUUGAAAAUAUAAAUUUAUAAUUGUAUAAUUAGUUAUAUUUAACGAGUUAAAUAAAUGUUAUUUUCUUAUAUAUUGCAAAAAAGAAAUUAUUUUUUUAAAAUUAUUAUUAUUAUUUCCAUUUCCCAUAAUUUCAUCACCAGCGGUAAAUUGAAUAAUAUGAUUAUCUCAAAUGUUCAUUAUUAAAAAAAAUAUCACUUAAUCUUCUUUUUUAUAAUUUACUGGUUCAAAUAUUUACAACAACCAACCUUCUGAAUUAUGUAAUUAUAGGAAUUGUAUUAUAUUUAAACUAAAUUUAACAAAUUGGCUGCUCCAACCUCCAACAAGUUGUUAUUUAUUCAC